UGGACUAUGUCCAGACAGAGGAGAUUAGGUUAACUUGGCAUCAUGUCUGGCACAGACAGUAUCAGCCGAAGGGCCUGUUUCUGUACUGUGCUGUUCCAAGGUUCCGAUGAUAGUAAUGUGGACACUGGGUCCAGGCUAAGUGAAAGUGGCAGAUUUUAAGGAGUUAAUAGGAGCUAGAAAUUACAGUAGGAAAUUUCCAUAGCAUGGUCAUCGAUUUAAUUAUGUGAAAACUGAAGUUCCAACAAAGAAUCCAACCAUAAAAGAUUAAUUUUCAUUUCUCUUUUCAAGUACUGAUGCAAUUCCUAAGUUUUUAUUUCACAUUUUUACUGGCUAAAUUUAAAAUAAAGUACGACCACAGGACUUAUCAUUUGCAACAAUCAUCCAUUCAGAAUUGCACCCAACAUUACGAUUCUUACAUAUUUAAAUAUCUGCAAAACAGUAACAAGAUGAACUAUUCUGCACAAUAUUUGGCACUAGGUUUGAAAGAGUUAAAUGCUGAGUUGACAUGUCAACUCAAGGCAAAUGACGAGGGUGCUGAUUCAUUUAAAUACAUUUUGUUUGAAGUAGUGUAAUGUUCUACUGCAGCAGGUGUUGGGUUGUCAGAGUUGCAUUCACUCUCCUAUGUCUUUCAUACAAGGGCAUUUGAUCAUAUCAGGACAACGGAAGCCUCUUAGAUUGUCACUGCUGGUAAGAACCAUUUUUAAAUGGGGGAGCUGCAGAAUUGUUUAGGAGAAUGUACGUGCUCUGGAGCAUGGAUUGAAGGACAACACAUAACACAGCAUUUCACCCGUUCAAAUUUCCCUUUGAAUCUCCUCUUCCUGGUUGUUGUUCAGCAGCAGAAAUAAAUCAUUUUAACUUUCCUUUAUCUUUAUUGGUUACUGUGGAUCCUCCCACUUCACUCAUUUUCUGUCAAACGUUGAACUUGCGGAAGGAAGUGAGCAUGUGUCAACUUGAGCAGAGGCUUUGAAGAAAAUAGAGUUUGUUGGAAAAUAUGGCAGAAUAAAAAGCUCUCGUGUCCUAACUCAGGCCACCCCCACCACCCCACCCACGCCCCCUGUGGACAACAACACUGGCCAACUUCUCAAGGAACUGGCUUCAUUCACAGGCAGUGACAUAUGAUCAUCAUGGCAAAUAGCUGACUACAACUUUGUGGAAUCCAUUGAAAUUAGAACGGAUCUGUUGUAACUUCCCUUUAAUAUUUGAAGAUGGAUCAUUUUGAUUUCCUGAUUGACAUGGAACAAACAUCUUGCUCAAAAGGUUUAGACGCUGCAGAAGGCGAUGACGACAUUGAAGAAGACACUGGAAUCAGUGCAGAAGAUGUCGCUCCUCUCCAUAGCGAUAACUCUGACUUAUUAAGGAUUUCAGAGCCAAAUACACAAGAUCACAAUACAGUCUUUGCAAGAAACCUAUUUCAGAUCUCAGACAAUCUGGGUAAUGAAAUGGAGCCAGGUAACAUCAGAUAUGCGGAGGAUGCUGAUGAAGAACAUAAAACUCAUAAUGUUAUUGCCGAAGGUUCAUUCUUGAGUUUUAGUUUGGAAAACAAAAGCACAUUUGCCUCGAAUGAGAAUUUAGAUUCAGGACAAAUUGAAACAUUUUCUACUGAGCUAACAAAUAUGGUGUUUAUUGAGGAUGUAAACAAAUUGGAUGCUUCUAAUCGAUCAGAGAGUGCAAGUUCAUUGGAAAGUAAUGGAUCUACACCAUGGGUGCAAGCAGUAUUACUGACCAAAACGACCAAUGAAACAGGAAACUGUGCUGAGGAAAGUACUGAAUAUCUAUUUAAUAAUUCUGAUGGGAUGACGAUUGAGAGUCCUGGUCUGUUGGAGCCUUUAACACCCUCUGUCCAUGAACAAACGGAUGAUGAAAUGCUGAGGGAUAAAUCUGAAGAUUUCGCCCAGGUAUCUGAUGCAGCCACAACUCCUGAUGAAAUUAUUAUGGAUCCAUCAGAUGUUGUUUUUUUGCAACAAGAUGUGUGGCAUCAGAACCAAGCAUUUAUUCCAAUUUUGACCACAGAUAUUGCUACGACUGCGGAGGAGUUGGGUGAAAGGAGUAACGCUGAUCCAGUGGUAAUGCCCAUGAACUGUGAGCCAUCGAGCAGUGAACUGAAAAUCCAUAUGGUCGAGGAAGUAAUUGCAGAGAGUUACAGUGCAAUAAGCACAGAGGAUUCUGUAUCCAUGUUACCCUCAUACAUUCCUUCAGUGCACAAGGAGCUUGUGGGAUGGAAUAACCAACUAACGGAGAGUGAGGACUCCAGCUACCUUUCAUUUGGAAAUCAAUCGCCCUCCAAACAGCUGAAAAUAACAAGCAAUGAAGAAUCCUUGCCCAAUUAUUUCAAUGCCAAGGAAGCAUUCUUUCCUGAUAUAAAAGAGACUAUUGGGACCAGCUGCAUCACAGCGAUCUCUGAAGCAGUGCUUUUCUCUGACAAUCAGCAUACAUCAAUGAUAGAAACUUUCAGGGAUCACAUAGAUGAUGUCUACCAAGAACAAGAAGCUUCUACUGAGACAGAAAAAGCCAGCCAGACGGAGAACUCAGUGAAUACCAAAUCAUCAUUCCGCGAUUGCCAGGUAAUAAACCAAGCAGCUCCUAUGGCCGAUCGGGAGAUAUGGAACAAAACCAUGAACAAUCAUACAGUGUUGCACAUAGACCAAAAACAUUUGGAAUGCACAAUAACUGGAAAGAAAGGACCAAUUAAUAACAUCUAUGAUAAUGUUGAUCCAAACGUUGAAGGGAUGGAACUGAGUGACUCACCUCGACAACAGGAGAAAGAUGAGAAUGAAGAAAUCACAGACCUGAUCAUUGAAAAUGAUGUCAUUCAGAGCAAGCAACAACCUCAAAUUCUGCCAGAAACAAGCAUCACAAGUAAGCCAAUGGACUUUGAAGCUCUACUGGCUAAUGGGGAUAAACCAGACCAAGAAGUUGCCAUUAGCUUGGCUUACAAACUCUACCAUCUGGAUGGAUUUAAGAAGACGGAUAUUGCACCCUACAUAGAAAAGAAUAAUGAAUUCAGUCAGAUGGUAGCUGAGGAAUAUCUGCAACUAUUUGACUUCCGAGAGAUGACCCUUGAUCAGGCACUAAGAAAAUUCCUGUUGUCCUUAGCACUGACGGGAGAGACGCAGGAACGGGAGCGAGUGUUGCAUUGCUUCUCCAAUCGUUUCCAGCAUUGUAAUCCGGACAUUGUUCACAGUCGAGAUGCUGUCCACACCCUCAUCUGUGCAAUUAUGCUUUUAAAUUCAGAUCUUCAUGGCAAGAACAUUGGGAAAAGUAUGUCUAGUCAAGAUUUCAUAACUAACUUGGAAGGCAUGAAUGAUGGGAAGGAUUUUCCAAAAGACUUUCUAAAGGCUCUGUACCAUUCAAUAAAAAGUAAGAAGCUCGAAUGGGCCGUGGAUGAUGAAGAGCUGCAGAGAUCUAUCAUGCCAAUGUCUGAAGAUACCAUCAACAUAUCAGGCACGACGGACAAAGGCAGCCCUUUCCUGGAGGUUCUGCAUGAUCACAAAGCCCCCACCUACAAGCAAGGAUUUCUUAGUCGCAAAUUCCACGCUGACAUUGAUGGCAAAAAAACACCAUGGGGAAAGAGAAGCUGGAAAACCUUUUACGCUGUGUUAAAGGGAACUAUCAUCUAUCUGCUGAAGGAUGAAUACAUGCCUGAUAAACAGUCGUCAGAGGAGGCGAUCAGCGUUCACCACUCACUGGCAACCAAAGCUGCUGAAUAUAACAAACGCCCUCACGUUUUCCGUCUACAGACUGCUGACUGGCGAAUCUUUUUAUUCCAGGCUCAAAGUGCGGAACAGAUGAACUCGUGGAUCACCCGGGUCAAUCUCGUGGCCGCCAUGUUUUCUUCACCUCCAUUCCCAGCAGCUAUUGGUUCAAAGAGGAAGUUUAGUCGACCAAUAUACCCAGCCACUGUCUCUAAACAGAAAGAGGAGGCACAGCUUGAAUCUCAUGACUCCAUGUUGCAGUCGAUAUUGGACGAUCUUGAUGAUCACCAGCUGAAUGUUCCAGACAAGAAAAGCAAAGCAAAGGAGUUUGAGGAGUACAAAAUGAAGCAGGAAUAUUUUGAAUAUGAGAAGUGUCGAAUUGAAACUUAUGUGAAGCUUUUAAAAAUUAAGCUGAAUGAAGGCACUGACGAUCUGGACAAAUUGGAAGCACAGCUGUUUAACACCUUGGAAGGAGAAGGAUGCAACUUAAAAAAAUCAUAUUCCAGUCCAUCUCUCAACCAAGAACAGAGCAGAGAUUUCAAGCACGUGAGAGGUAUUUACAAUCCUGAAGGACAUGGAUGGAGCAACUGGACACAAACAUUUGGUGGAGGAGCCAAGGACCAGAAAAAAAGAGUAUUAACUCAGUGGUCUGAGGAGAACGAGGCUCCACUUCGGGACUGCCUUGAGUCGGUGGAAUGAAACAUGUUCAAGAGAACCUCAUCCAGCCUGAAUGAGUACGCUAUACCUCGCCAGUAACCAGUUUCAUCAAGAACUGCAGUGAUCGCUACAUUCCAACAAAGACAAUAAAGGCCAAAACUAAUCAGAAACCUUGCAUUAGGUUUAGUUUUAGAGAUACAGCGUGGAAACAGGCCCUUCGGCUCACUGAGUUCAUGUUGACCAUCGAACACUAGUCUAAUUCCCCUGUGAUUUGCCUAGAGGAAGAAUAGGGAAUGGGAGAUGCCAUCUCUCUUGCACUACAUUCCGCUCUGGAUCAUCUUGACAACAAGAACAGCUACGUCAACAUGACUUCAGCUCAGCGUUCAACAUCAUAUAACUGACAAACUCAUCUCUAAACCUCUGAACCUUGGGGGGGGAAUCAAAGGGAGUAUCCACAGAGUUAGAGUGAUACAGUGUGGAAACAGGCCCUUUGGUCCAACUUGCCCACACUGGCCAACAUGACCCAGCUACACUAGUCCCACCUGCCUGUGUUUGGUCCAUAUCCCUGCAAACUUGUCCUAUCCAUGUACUGCAAUUGGCUUCUGAACUUCCUGACUGACAGACCUCAGUUGAUUAGAAUUGCCCACAAUGUUUCCUCCACCCUGACCCUCAACACAGCCACCUGUCACGGUUGUUUGCUCAACCCCUUGCCCUGCCCCCUGUACACCCAUGUAUUUAUCAAUACUGUAUGCCUGUUUAUUGUGUGCAACACAUGAAUUUAAUUGCACCUUGGUAUAUCUGAUAACAAACUAAUCUGAGCUGAAAUAAAUUUGAUCUGAUCUGAUCUCUGAAAUACAUUUAUUGUCAAAGGGAGAUGCCCUAUUAUUUAUCACAGGAGUUUCCCUGAUGAAGUGAAUGAUCAGUUAAUCCUUUGACUACUUGCAAUGUAAAAACAGUAACUUUCCCUUCAUUUUUGUGUUUAUAAAAGUUGCUACACUUACCCUUUCAUGCCUGGCAGUUCAAGAUGCAGGUGACAUUUUCAAAGAAGAGAGUUUUUAUAAGGUUGAGCUGGUCUGAACACCAGAAGCAUAGCCUUUAUUUCAGAUGCUAAGUGAGUUAACAAGUACGUACUCCUGACCCACAGGAAAAUAACACUUGGAGCCUCCUUAAGGAAGCAAAGGAGUGGAAAAUGAAACAAUCAGUGCACUGGAGUUAUGCAGACAACAAGAUCUGUCCUAUCAUUAGGAAAACAUUCUGCCCAGUGAGUGAGUAUGUUAUGCCUGAGUCACGUGGGUCUAAUACUUCACGACACUUCAUGGUCUCACUCUUUAAAGGAGUGUAACCAAAGCCUUGAUGGUUGCAACUUUGGCUACAGGACUGGUGGAAACUUACUAGUGUUGCUCAACUCUGUCGUGUUUAACUGUGUAAAAAUGCCCGAGUCCCCAAACUCUGGCUGAAUUACAGAGACAACUGAUGGUGCACAGCUAACAGAGAGAGAUAGUUGAAAAUCAAAAGUCAGUUUUGCUGACCUGACGUUAACCUGAAUCUUUAAUUCUGUCUUUCUCAUUACUGAUGUCGCCUAUCUUGCAUACAGAAUAGAAAUCAUCUAUAUGAUUCAACCAUGCCGCUAGUUGGUUUUCACAUAAGCCUGAUCCCAUUCAAAAUAACCAAACUCAACUUCCAUUCCAUACUGAGUUACUCCAGCAUCAUGCCUUUUUUUUGUAAACCAGCAUCUGCAGUUCCUUGUAUCUCCAUAUCUUACUAUUGCUUUGACUAUUUCUGCUGUUCUAACUGUUCCUUCAACAUUUCUCUGCUAUUUGUGUUAACAUAGAAAAUAGGUGCAGGAGGAGGCCAUUCGACCCUUCGAGCCAGCACCGCCAUUCAUAGGGAUCACGGCUGAUCCUCCCCUAUCAAUAACCCGUGCCUGCCUUCUCCCCAUAUCCCUUGACUCCACUAGUUCCUAGAGCUCUAUCUAACUCUCUCUUAAAUCCAUCCAGUGACUUGGCCUCCACUGCCCUCUGUGGCAGGGAAUUCCACAAAUU